UCAGCCCGUUCACUUGCAACAUGAAGAGCGACGAGAUCAUCGAGAAGAUUCGCAACAAGUUGAAGGAAUCGGAUCCUGCCCGGCGCACCGUCGUUAACACGUUUCAGUUCAACUUCACCGACGUGGAUGGUAAUCUCAUCAAGAGCAUGGUCUUUGAUUUCAAAGCAUUGGACAUCUACGAGGGGAGUGCUUCCGGUGUCGAUGCACAGGUCACCAUUUCCGAUGAGGACUUUUACUUGGUGGGCACUAAACAAAAGACUUUCCAGGAGGUGUUGCAGCAGGAGAAGGCCAAGAUCGAUGGCGAUGAGGAGGCUAUCAAUAAAAUGCUGGAGAAGUUUCGCAUAAAUUCUCAAAACUAGCUCAGCGACAAGAUGA